UUGAUAUCAAAACCACCACAACCACCAAAACCAUUUGAAAAUUUGAAAUGGUUUUUGAUAUGAAAAACCACCACUACCGCAAAAAACACUAUUAUUACGGAACCAAAACCACAUCCACACCUUAUUAAAAAAAAUUGAAACCAUUUCAAAACCAGAACCAGAAAAACGUUGAAACCUAAACCUUAAAACCAAUUAGAACCGUUAUGGUUUCUGAUUGGAAAACCAAUUCAGAAACCAUAACCAAAAACCAUUAUUUUUAAGUCUUUUAAAAACCACCUACCACAACAACCAAUAAAAUCCAAAUGGUUUUAAGCCCUGGUGCAAAGCAACCUGAAGAUGAAUUGUCAGUCAACUCACAACUGUUUCGACUUUCGAGUUGAGGUAGAUCAUAGAUGGAUACCAGUUGAAUAAUUCUUAUUCAAAGGCCAUAAGGCCAAAAUAGGACGGUACCGGAUUCAGGUUUCACUUCACAGUUCACUUUCAACUUCACCACUACCACGACAUACAGCACUCCUAUAUUUGAAAGUGAAACCGGAACUAAAAAAUCUCUCCCUGUACAGAGCACCAGGCUAUGAGCAAAUCUUCGGUACUUUUUUAGCAACACUAUUCAGCCGUGCAGUGGUUCUCACCUACGCUGACAUCGAACCUUUUUCUCAUAGAAAUCGUGCACAAAUUUCAAUUUAUUUUUAAAUUUCUCGUGCGUGUCAGUGUCGAGCCUUUGAUAAUUAAUUGAAUCGAGUUGAUCUCGUCUAUGGGUAUGUAAUCCAGCGCCCUGUUUCUCAACGUUACAUUGCAUAAAGAGGUGCCCAUCUGUCAGCAAAAAUAUCGUAUUCCUUGUCAUUUUUCCCGAUGAUAUGCGUAUUAUUUUAAUGCAGUUGUGAAUUGACAUUUUUAUUAAGCGUACUAUGAAUUUGGUGAAAUAAUUUGCAACGAUGGAACAGCAAAUUUUACAAGAACUCGAAUCCGCUGCUAAAGUUAUUUUGGCUCCACCAUCGGCAAUAACUAAUCAACAAAGAUCAGAAGCUGAAGCAGUGUUCUUAAACUUCAGACAGACCAAAUGCCCUUAUCAGAUUUGCAAAUACAUUUUCGAAAACAGUACCAUCGAUUAUGUGAUUUUCGAAACGAGUAAUACUUUAAAAGAGGCAGUCAUUAGAGAAUGGAAUUAUAUGGAUAUCGAUAACAUCAACUCGAUUCCAAACUACUUACUACAGCAUGUAUUAAAUCAUCCUAAUCUGGCUGUUUUCGUCAGGGAAAAAAUAUUACAAGUAAUCGCUAUCAUGGUUAAAAGAGGCAGCAUAUCUGAUAUGGGAAACGAACGACGUAAAUUAUUAGGACAAGUGGAACAAUUAAUCAUGAGCGGAGAGCUUCGAAAACAAAUUCUAGGAUGCAGUAUAAUAUGCGCUUUGAUGCAAGAAUACGCUAUAACUGUGAAAUCAGCCGAUGUUGGGUUACAAUGGGAGACUCAUUUGAACGCUAAAAAGCAUUUCGAGAUGACAGAUUUGAAGAAAAUUUUUCAACUCAGCGUUACAACUUUGAGUGAAAUAUGCAAAGUUGACGGACCAUUUUCAGAUAAUGCCUUAAUGUUGAUCAAAAGUCUGCUGCAAAUAGCCGAAGGAACGUUAACGUGGGCUUUUAUUUCAUCGGCAAUGCCGAAAAGAAUUAUUUGUAUUGUGGAAAUGUCCUACGAAUCGGAUUAUAAUCGAUCCUUGAAGUUGGCUUCUUACUGGAAAGAUGUUAUAUUGGUUCCUAAUUUUCUUCAGUUAUUUUUUCAUUUACAUUGGAAAAUACGCGAUAACGCUCAUUUAACGCAUUAUUCUCUCAAUUGUCUAGUACAAUUAGCUUCACUUUGCGGGCCAAUUUUGAGUAACAAGAGCGUUAAAAUAGAUUACGUGAGAAACUAUAUCGAAUGUUUUUUGAAUUUCUUGAACAGUGUCGAGGUUGUAGAUCGCGAAGCGAUUGGAGUCUCGAAUAUAUUUUUGAAGCUGUUAAUAUUUAACGAAAUGACUAUUGUAACCGAUCUUGCUGGUCAGGAUAUUAUUACUUCAUUCUUUCAGCAAAUGGCUCGUCUCACGUGUUACUUUGCUGAGAAAGCAUCGCAGCAGGAUUCGAUAAAUUACGACGAAUCCAUGUUCACCGAAGCGUUUGAUAAUAUGUUAAAGGCGUGGAAUUGUCUAUUUCGUGACGAUUCCGAAGCUAUUUACAAAGAAGCUUCGAGAUGUAUAUUUAAUAGCUAUUUGAAAUGGCAUCUUUCACCUCCUUAUGGAUUCAGAUCUAAAGUAUCUACCGAUGAGGUAGAUGACGCUGAGGAAGAAGAAGAUUUGAAUAAAUACGGUUCACAAUUAGAAGCCAUUGGCAUAUUUGCCAGAAUGGUUCCAGAUCUGGCUAUACCCACCCUUGCCAAGUUAAUUGAUGAAAAAACAUACGAGCUUAGAUUAAUGUGGCAGGGAACUUCGAAUAAUAAUAUUCAAAGGGACGAUCUGUACGAAGAUCUGCAUUGGUUAUUAAUGAUUGCCGGUCACAUACUUACCAAAGAAAAAGACGGCAUGGCCAGCCUUAUACCUACUAGACUAAUGCAAUAUAGUUUAGAAAAGGCGUCCAACAUUAAUGUGAACGAUUCGUUGAAUCUUUUAGCCAUGAUCGAUCGGCCGAUUACUCCGUCGGAUUUUGCCAGUUUGGAAGAAUCAACGGAUCAUAUCAUAUGGCUGGUAUCGUCAGUAUUUCGUUUAGGCGAAUUGGAAAAACAAAUGGGCGAAGCAAAGCUGACUCAUAUUCUGAGCCCAACUUUAUCUUCAACUAUUGCCUGGUUUCUGCAGACGUGGUCUCAUCCUUAUUUAUUAUUUUCUGGAGUGCAUUACAGCAAAACCAGCGUAGCUCUAGCAUCAGCUUUCGGAACAGAUACGGAAUGCGCCAAAUGGAUCGUUAGUUUUAUAUUGAAUAAAAUACAGUCAAAUUUUUCACUCUUCCACGCCGAUCCUUGUAUCAGAGAAAAUACCUGUAAAUUGUUACUAUCGCUAGUCAGUACGAGAGAAAAAGCUGUAUUUCUACUGAAAAAUCAAUUCUUUUGGAACUUGAUCAGUAGCGGUCUGGGAAGCAAUAACAGAUACGUUUCGCCGGAUAUUAAAAAAGUCCUCGUGAAAAGUUUCACUAUCGCUGUAUCUGCCUUUGACGGUCCUGAAGAAAAACGUAUCGAAUAUCUGAAUCAGAUAAUUAAACCAAUUACGGAAAAAUUUCGUAGUAUAGUUUUGGAAGAGAAUUUCAAAAAACAGUAUCACGACGAGAUGGUCCGUAGCGAGAUUAUGGAAAUCGUGCAUCUAUUUUUAGGUAUCGUCGAAGGUACCGGAGUUGUCGAAGAAACUGGCGUUUCGUUUUGUAAAUGUUUGUUCGGUUACAUGUCUCCUGUGUUACCCGAUAUGGUCACGUUGCUUUCGAUUUAUCAUAAUUAUCAGCAAAUUUCUCAACUGAUAUUGGAAUUAUUUCGCGAAUGCUCGCAUACGUUGCUGUGUUAUUUAGGCAAAGAUAAUGAACGUAUUUUUUAUGGAACGUGCUUAAGAUUGGUUGAAACGUAUGUGAAACAUAACAGCGGUAGACUUACCGAAGAAGUAAACGCUGAAGAGGAUUCGUUCAACGAUAUGUUGAUAUUUAUGGAUUUAUUAUCUAAUUUAUUAAGCAAAGAGAUCAUAGAUUUCAAUUCGGACGAAGAGAACGGAUGCGACGAACUAGCUGUAAAUUCAGUCAACGUUUGUAUGCUUGGCUUACGUGGUAUUCUUCCAUUAAUGUCAGUGGAUACUUUGAAAUUUCCUACUCUAUGUUCUAAAUUUUAUACGUUAUUACGCUUCAUUUGCGAACUACACGCGAAAAAGAUCUGCGAACAACCUCAAGAAUUUCUCGUCAGUAUUUUAGCAGUGAUUGAAUUAGGCUUGACGCUAUUUGGACCGGAUAUUACGAAUUUAUGUUGCGAAUUUAUACAAACCUUUUCUAAAUAUUUAUGUCAAAGUAGUGCUACAGCUCCAGUACCUCCUGAAAAGUUCCUUUUAUUGCAGCCGUUCUUGAAGAUCAUGAUCACGAUCAUAUUAUCAAGACAGAUCAAUUCGGACAACGUGAAUGCAUUUGGAUCAGCUUUUCAUUCGUUAAUUUGCUGCUACAAGGAAUACUACGCGCAACUAGUGGAAGAACUAAUAUCUAGUCAAACGGACCCGGAAGUCGCUGAAAGACUAUCGAAAGCGUUCACCGAUCUAACUUCUCGUCUUCGUUUAUGUUACGAUCGUCAAGAAAAAAUCACAUUUGAAAAUAAUUUCGAAAAAUUCGUCUUCAAUAUUCAGGGUUUCUUGUUUGUUAAGUAAUGUAUUUUUUUUUCUUUCAUUCAUCCAAGAAUGAUAAACUCCUCAAGAUUUGUUUUUGCAUGUUUUAUUUUAUAUUUUAAUUAUCUUUUUUUUUUCGACAUUUUCAAAUUACCGUGUAUUAACUUUCCCCGUUCGUUGCCGUAAUAGUUUUAUUGUAACCAUUCAUCAGGUAGUACUAUCGUGUUCUUUUGUAAUUUUUUUUCUCGCUUGAUUGUAUUAUUGUUUUUUUUCACGUGUUUUUUCCUUUUUUUAAAAUCUUAGUCAGAGUAUUUUUUUUUUGUUCAUCGAUGAAGUUUAAUGACGUCUUGUAUUCUACUUAUAUAUUUUUUUUUCAUUCUUAUUUAUUUUAUCGUGAUUAUAUCGAUAUGUGCCACUGUUUGUGCAUUUUUUUUUUACUUGUUUAAUUAAUGUUUGUUUUUGUUUUUUGUUUUUCUGUUUUGUUUUAUUUUAAUAAUUAUCGCGUGUUCUGCUGUGAAUUCCAAUAAAUGCUGACGAUUAA